GGCCUGUCCCUGUACACUCGCACCCCGCCUUCACCGUAACUCCCUCCGGCCGGGGCAGGCAGGGCGGCUCAGCGCUGGAGGCAGCAGGUGUGGGCAGUGCCCUGUGCGGAGCCGUCCCUUCUGGUCCCGGCUCCUCCCCGCCGGGCUCUGGAGCUGGCGACGGGGGCCUUUGAGGGCUGCAGCAGUGGCUGAUGCUUACAACGAAUUAGCUGCCUCUCUGCCAACGAGCCCCUUUGAGGAGUCACUUCACUUCCCCAAAGCGUGCUAGGCCCUACGGGGCAGGAGGGGUUUGUUCCCAAAAGACGCUCCUUGGCAGACGCUGGGGUUGGCAUGAUUGCGUUUGAUCUCGAAUCAGCCCAAUUUACCCUCCUAGGAGGACGUGGUUUGUGCCUACGUGGAGCUCUCAGAGAUAUAACACCGCCCCAGUGGUUUUGGACUCAAAAAGGAUGGGUAGAAAGGAUGCCUCUGCCACAAGAACUCCUGUUGAGCAAUACAGGAAACAAAUAGGAAAACAAGAUUACAAGAAAAGCAGGCCAGUGUUAAGAGCAACAAGAUUAAAAGCAGAGGCCAAGAAAACUGCACUGGGCAUAAAGGAAGUUGCCCUUGUCCUUGCAGCUAUACUGGUAUUUCUGUUGGCUUUCUACGCUUUCUUUUAUCUUAAUCUAUCAAGUGAAGUUGACGUUGAUCUGGAUCCAAAUGAAAACUAGCAGAUGCAAUGUAUCUAUCCUAUCAUCAGAUUCUCUUCAGGAAAAGCAACUACCUUGAACAACACAACUUGGGAACACGCAGUUCUGAUGCAUAAUAAUACUAUGCAAUAUCUCAUCGCUCUUAACAUUCAUAUCUGCAGAACAGGCAAAGAAGACUCAUGCAAAGCUAUUCUACACUUAAGUUGAAACAGAAGCUGUACUAUUAUGAAUUAAAUGAAUUGUUUACAUUAUUUGUUUCUCAGGCUGAGAACUCUGAUGCCAAAAGACAGUUUUUUGCAUAUUGUUGUUGGUAUUGCAAACAAUAGCUGCUGAUUUCUGGGUAGGCUGUCCUGACUUAAAUCCAUGAAUCCAAACUUUCCAAUAGCGAAAUGUAGGUUUUCUUUUUUAAAAAAAUGCAAAAGAAAACACAAGUCCCCAAAUACAAGUUGCUUUAGUGAUUUGUAUUUCCAGGGCAUCUGCACCACCCUGAGUCUUGCACUCUCUCGCUAUUCACACACGGAGGAAGUCAUAGGUAAUUUCUCUUUCUAGAAACAUUCUCCCACUUCCUGUAGGGCCUAUUUUAUAUCCUAGAUUCUACGUGCACAUGUAUCUACAGUAAUCUUUCUUCAUUCCUUGCCAACUGCUCAGUGCACAUGUGCUCUGUCAGAAAUGGCACCUGGAUGACAGAAGCUCAAACAUUAACAUAUGUCUCUGAAACAGAGUUCCUUGCCUUUUGGGCUGUCUGCACUGGUAUAUGUAGAAAGUUCAGUUGAUGUUGAUUUUAAUUAGUAUGCUGCUCUAUUAUUAAUAUGAAGCUGAAAUUCUGUUUUAAUUAUACUGUUCCCGCUAAUUGCAAUAGCAGCUUGCUUCUCUCAUUAGGAGGCUGUGUUAAAAAUUUGUUUUCCAGUUAUACUAUCUUUUUCCCAUCAAACUAAUGUAAGGGGUUAUACCAGCUAACAAAUCUUUUUCAUGCUUACUCCCCAAAACUGGAAGAGUCUUGACUCACUGACAUCUUGUAGAAACUCUGUUGGCAAAUUAACCCUAAUUUCUCGUAUGUAACAGUCUCACAACUAAGGGAUAAACCACUGAGUUCCCUUUGUUUAGUGACUGUUUUGGAAGUGUUCAAGUUAGACUUAGAUUUGACCUGAGGAUAUUGGAGGCAAAGAGAAACCAAAACUAUACUAAUAGUGUAGUAUAUAAGACUAUAUUUAUUUUAAAUUGACCCACAGUCCCAUUAUCACCACUUAAAACCUGGUUCAGGAAUUUAGAUCAAUAUGGUUGAUGUUUAGACCAUACAGUAUUGAUGCCUAUAUACACUAUGAGUCUCUAAGGAUACACUUUUUAUGUUCCUUAUCUGGUUUGUGUAAUAUAGGACACCUCAUCUAGAAAUGCGGAAUACACCAGCAUCUCCAACAUAUGUAUGAAAAGGAAAUAUUAUACUUAUUUUUCAUUCUCUAAAUUGUGACUUUUUCAGUCACCAAAUCCCCAAAAUCAUACAUUCAUAGUACUUGUAGUCCAGUAAUAUUAUAUAUGCUACCAAAUGUGUAGCAACAUAUAGCACUUGGAGUGAAGCAUUUUAUGACAUGUGGCAUUCCUUUCAGUGUAGUGAAAGGCAAUCACAAGCUAGCAUUUUGGAUGUGACAUGCCUUUCACUUCACUGAGUGCCAUACUACAUGUCUCAAAAUGCUGCAGUCCUCUUUCAUUUUGCAUGAGCAUUUUCCACUAACUCACGGGAUGCUGUAAGGAUUAUGUAGCUAAUGUUUGUACAGCGCUUUGUAUGAGACAUGCAGUAGAAGUGCUAAGUAUUUUAUAUUGUUAUAUAUAUAUAUUGUGUUCUGAAACAGAAAUAUUCUUCUUUUCAUUUAACUUAAAAUAGUAACUUGAAGUUAUUAGAACAAGAACAUUUCCCAUAUUGUGAGAGUCACAAGUAAAAACCAAACUGCACCUGUGGACAAAUGAAAUCUAUUUAUUGGUUUAUGGACCAGAAGUCCCCUAGACUAGAAAAUAUCACAAAUCUCCAUUAUGUUCUCAAGUGCUGCAUUUUGCAUUCGGCUAUUUUUCAUUCAGGUGACAGACAUAGUAGCUAAGUCACAUGUAACUAGAGAGUUGCCUAUUGCUUAGAACAUGAGAGGAGAUUCAUGCCCAGUGCACAUGGGUAUAUUUGGAGAAUAUUGCAGCAAAUACAUGGAAAAUAUUGCACUUGUGCUUUCUGUAACUGAAAGCACAAGUGCAAUAUUUUCCAUGUAUUUUUCAGUCCACUAGUUACAGACAGAGGUUUGUUAAUAGCAGGUGUCCCAGCUUUAGUCAAACUAUCCACCUGUUUUAUUUUUUAAUUUAUAAAUACAAAUGCAUUAAACAUAAGGCCUGAGUUGGGUCUUGCUUACACCUAUUUUCACUGUCUCCUUUGACUUCAGUGAAAUUACUCCUGUUUACUCCUAAUUACUCACACUAAUAUGAGAUCAAAAUCUGGCCUGUGAUUAUGUCUCCCAGUACACCUUUUGGAGCACUGAUAUCUUUAAGUGAAGUUGCUUUUAGCUCCUCAAAUGCAUGCUAGGUGUGCACGCUCUCUCUCUCUCUCUCUCUCUCUAAUGUUGAUACCUAUGUAUGUAUCUGAGAUCAGAAUCAAUCCCAUAAUUUUUUAGGUCAUUUGUCUUUGUAACUGUAGCUCAUGGACUAUUUUAAUAAUAAAAUGAAUUUUUAAACUUUGAA